AUGCAGGCGAGCGACAGGUUUAACAUCAACUCCCAGCUCGAGCAUCUCCAGGCUAAAUAUGUCGGCACAGGGCAUGCCGACUUGACCCGAUUUGAAUGGGCGGUGAAUAUUCACCGGGAUAGCUGCGCUUCGUAUGUUGGGCAUUAUCCGAUUUUAGCUUACUUUGCGGUUGCGGAAAACGAAUCCAUUGGGAGAGAGCGUUAUAAUUUCAUGCAGAAAAUGAUUUCGCCGUGCGGCCCUCCUCCCGAGAGAGAAGAUGAUUGA